CUGUGCACACUGUGCAAUAAAGUUGAUGAAACAAGUGGUGAUGGGACAGAUAAACUAACAAAACUUCACAAGAAAACAAAUCCCCUCACAAAGGAACUGAUUCCUCUGGAAAAGUGACAUUAUUUCGGAUUUGAAGCGGAUUGUAAAAACUGAAGACAGUGUGAACCCAAAGUGAAGGUUCAAGAUCCCACCCCCCCCGAAAAAGGAUUUUACUCUUGCGUGGAGCUUGACUUGAGUUUCAGAGUUUAUUUUGUCCUCCUCUCAAGCCUAGAGCUGAGGGGGGAGGCAAAGCCGUGGCGUCUGCGGGAAUGAAGUACAGCUACCAGUACCCGGUGUCACAGUACACACGCUCCAACACACACUACACUUCCACAAAUUACACACCGUCACACUACUCCAGCAGCUCGUACUCACCUGGCUACUACAGUUCUACGAAGUACAGCCCUACUAGACUCCACACACCAUCAUACUACACUCCUCCGGCUUACACACCUGCUUACAAGCCCACCUCCACUUACACCCCCAUCUAUAGCAAGCCGUCCCGGCAGAGCAGCUCGCCCCGGACAAGCGUACAGCACACUCCUACUGUAGCCCUCAAACCUCCCCGGGCUGUGCACUUCACAAAUGAUGUCGUAUUCCAGGACUUAGUCCGGCACAGUGAGCUGGAACAGAUCGGUCGGUUUAUGAGGGCAAGGAAAGUGCGUCUGGACACCAUCUUCCAUUCUGGAAUGGCAGCACUUCAUGAAGCCGUGCUCUCAGGAAACCUGGAGUGUGUGAAGCUCCUGAUAAAAUAUGGAGCUGACAUUCAUCAGAGGGACGAGAACGGCUGGACACCACUUCAUAUGGCGUGCAGCGACGGUUAUCCUGAGAUUGCACGGUACCUUCUCUCUCUGGGGGCCAGUGUGGAAGCAGAAAAUGAAAACGGAGAGAAACCCGCAGACCUCAUCGACCCAGACGGCAAAGAACUGCUCAAGCUCUUCGAGACAGGCUGUGUCUGAGUGCUGACCCGCGGAAGAACUUGCUGGUUAAAGCUAGCUUUCAAAAAAACAUUCAGAUCACUCUCCUGAGCUUCGCAUUUUGUGUGGUUCUCCUGAAUAAUCUUUAUCUUUUUGUUUGUUUGUUUUUUUUGGAUUUUAGCUAGACACAACAUUAUUAUGCAGUACAGAGGAACACCAAACCCUGCAUAUCUGUUGUGUUAUGUGUAUGUGUUAGACAUACUUUGUACCGGGGUCUCUUUGACAUGCUCUUGAUUUUUUUAUUUGACAAGGACACAAACCUGUUGAUGCAAAGAGAUGUUUGCUGAGAACUGCACAAACCAGAAUGAAGCGUUGUCGUCUGUCUGCUGGGCAGCAGAGCACAGAAUCAGAACCUGCUGUCAGACUCACAUAUGAAGAAAUACUGAGGGUGUGUGCUUUACUGUUAAAAGUGAGGGCACUACUGACAUUUUGAAUGUCUCUUCUCAAAGUUGUAUCUUUAUCUUAUCUUUUUUACAAGGUUUUCAUAAAUAAAGCUGCUUUUAUAAAAA